AUGACAGAUAAAUUAUUUACCUCAAAUAGAAAAUCAAUACUAUUCAACUUGAUAGGUUUUGACCAUCGUGAAUACUUUGAACUCGCGCGCAAAAUAGAGCAAUAUGGUGGCAAAGUUUCAUUACCAGAUAAAUUUAAUACUGAAGCAAUGACAAUUGUCAACACAGACAUUUGUUACACUCUUAAAUAUAUCCAAGAUAGUAUAGAGAAUGAUUCGCUGGUCGAUGCACAAAAUUACUGUUUAAAAUAUAUUCUUGAAAGUAUAACCGAAAAUAACAAUAACAAAAACAACUCCUGCGAUGAAUUAAGUACAACAACCAUGGGUUCCGAGGGAGAUAUUUUCAGUGACCAAAUGAGUAGCAUAGAAACUGUCGAAGAAGUGGAUAGAAGACAAUCUCCAUCACAUUCAUUAGUGAAUGAAACUUUUCAAAGUGAUGAUAACGAUGACAUUGUACCCAAUUCCGAUGAUGAGACCAUAAGGAGGUACGAAAGUCACAAUCGUGCAAAAAGACAGUGGAAUGAUGAUAACGAUGACAUUGUACACAAUUCCCAUGAUGAAACCAUAAGGAGGUACGAAAGUCAUAAUAGCGCAAAAAGACAGUGGAAUGAUCGAGUGGAUACAUCCAGUAGUCAAAGUUGUGAGGAUGCACAUAAAACUAAUAAAAGAAGGAAAAUAGUGCGGUCAGUCACCUUAAGUUCUACAAGUGAUGUUGAUCUGACUAACGAUGGCGAGGAUCAACCAAGAAGAUCUGAAGAACCAUUAGAAAAAUCUGAGCAUUUAAAUAAAAAAAAAACAAUGAUUGUAAUGAAUAGAACGACAUAUCUAUGUUCUCCACCUACAUCCGAUGAUGAAUCCGCAGAAGACACAAACACUGAUAAAGUCCGUCCAAAAAAAAAGUCAAUGAGAAAUAAGAAUUUACGAAAUAAGGCUCCUAAUGAAAUCAUCGGGUCGAAAGGAAAUACAAAUAAAGAGCUACAACAACAAACGGCUCCAGAUAAAACUAAGUGUAAUACACAAGAGACACAUCGGAACAAUGUUGAAUUUAAUACCGAUACAAAUUUCCCUGGUACUUUAGAUGAUCGCGUUGAUAAUCCUAACACUUCAUCAGAAGCUGAACUGAUUAACCCAAUUCAUGCAAAGUGGUUAGAUGAUCAUCGAAGUAGGAUAGAAGAGUUUAAGAAUUUCCAAGGUCGUAAAGGUGAUUACUAUUCGAAGUCGGAAGAAAUCGGAAUAUUUUGGUGGUUGAUAAAGAACGAUAAAAUUGACCAAGUAGGAAGCGAGGGGACUUUUAAACAGUUGAUUGAGGAUGGUUAUCUAACUCAUCGGUCCUGGAAAGGAAUAUACAACCAUUUUCGUAGACAAAUGCUCAGUAGACUCCCGGCAUUUAAAUUACCCGAUGAUGUAUACAAAAAAUUAAAACUUUACGUUAAUGGCUUACAAUCGAUAUAA